GGAGGCGAUGAAAUGCCUCCGGGGGAUAGGAGAUUGAUUGGGAUAUACCCGCUGCGCACUCGAAGCCAGCAAACACGGCGAAGAGAAUUCAGUCACAAGGGGCAGGUCAGCUGGAGGCACUCGCAAGGAGCACAGUCAUAAUAGAAAUGCUCGCUUGGCCCCUCACACGCAUCGACAUGGAGGCCAAUUACACUGAUGAAGCUGGCUCGCCCCUGCCGCAGCACGCUAAGCCACCGCCUGAGCAGGGUCGCUGGGACGAGCUUGGGGAGUAUGUUGGGAGCAGCGAGGACGAUUGCAACUCCCAGGACUGCCUCUUGGAUCAUCCGCAGCGCCUUGCGCGAGGGAGCCUGCAAGCGAACCCUCGAGGCCAUCUGCGAGAUGCGUCUCAAGAGCACCCUCAAGAACACCCUCAAGGCCACCACCAAGACCACCCCCAGCAUAUGCUCCAAGUGCGUUCCUUCCAGUGUGCCCGCCUAGAACGCUACGAGUUCGCGGAAGCAGAGCCCAGCAUCUGAACCUACGACGACUCCUCCGUGCUGCUGUGGCACAUUUCCGUGGGCGAGGCGCGCCAUCGCCACUGGGACGAUA